AUGGUUAAAAAGAAAGAUGUAGUCUUACAAAAAUUGAAUACUGAACAACAAUCAAAUGUGGAGGGUAAUAGAACAACACUGAGAACCUUUUUUCUCUGCAUAGUCGCUACUGUUUUCGUACAGUUAGCGUUCAUACCAUUUUUGAAUGUUCUACGAAAUCAAACCUGCAGUCUCAUCACUGAUGAAUGGCGCUUUUUCAACUCAGUAUGCCCACGACAAGCCAGUCCCGGCAGAGCUGUUACUGAAAGAGCUCAAAGUAAAGCUGCUCUUUUUUUAGAAGAUCCGUUCCCUCUCAAACCUUGGAAGGAACCUGGAGAACUUGUGGCUAGACCCGAAGAAAGCGAGCGGAGUAGUCCAACAACUGUGAAAGAAGCGCUAGCGGCCCUAUCUGCUGCUCGAUCAUUUCGUGAAAAAGGACAUAUCGAAAAAGCUCGAGUUAUCAUCGAACACGCGCUAGCUUUGGCUCCGGUGCAUCCCGAUAUCCUGACUGAAUAUGGCGUUGUUCACGAACAGCAAGACAAUAUUAUCGAAGCAGAUUAUUGUUAUGCGAAGGCUUUGGCAUAUGAUCCUGCUCAUCAGGGAGCUAUCGAAAGAAGAAGGUUUACUUUACCUGUUGUAUCAAUGAAAGACAGAAAAAUGUUGGAAAAAAUAAGAAGUAUAUUAGAUGAGUUCAAUGAACUCUCUCAUUCGCCAUCUCUAAGAAGAGCUAUGCGAGAAAGCUAUUUUUUGCACGUGUAUCAUACAGUAGCAAUUGAAGGAAAUACGUUAAGCUUAGGACAAACAAGAUCUAUUCUGGAAACGGAAAUGGCUGUAGAGGGGAAAAGUAUCCGAGAGCAUAAUGAAGUUCUUGGCAUGGAUUCUGCACUCCGUUUUCUUAAUAGAACUCUUCUUUCAUCUUCUGAUCUAUCUCUAGAUGAUAUAUUGGAGAUGCACAGGCGAGUAGUUGGACAUUCUCAACCAGAAAUUGCUGGACGUUUACGUGAUACACAGGUACACGUUGGGCGGUUCACGCCUGUAGCUCCUGAGUAUGUUCCGUAUCAGAUGCAGGAGUUUGUAGACUGGUUAAACUCCCAAGAGCUGGAUGACAUGGACCCUGUUGAAAAAGCAGCUAUAGCUCAUUAUAAAUUGGUUUUAAUCCACCCGUUCGUUGAUGGAAAUGGCAGAACUGCUAGGCUAUUAUUGAACUUAAUUCUGAUGCGUUCAGGAUUUCCACCCGUUAUUCUACCCGUGGAGAGUAGAGCUAAAUACUACUCUGUACUCGGUACAGCAAAUCUAGGAGAUCUCCGUCCUUUCAUUCGAUAUGUUGCUCAACACACUGAAAACACCCUCCAGAGCUAUAUCUCAGCAGCUACAACUUGCGGAUCUAAUUGUAAAACCACACAACUUGGUAACGAAAACAUGGCUACUGUAUUAGAGCCUUGA